AUGAACAAAACCUAUCCAGAACUAAAUAAUGCUGAGAAUUAUUGUCGAAACCCUCAGAACUCCGGACAACGACCUUGGUGUUUUACCACAGACAGGAACAAGAGAUGGGCGUACUGUGAUAUCCCUAAAUGUAAACCAGGUAUAGAAUAAUAUUGUACUGUGAUAUCCCCAGUGCCUUUUUUAACUAUAUAUCUGGGGGAGCAAUUGCCCCCCAGGGAAAGAAUUCCCCCCCCCAGUAAAGCCAUUUCUGCCCCCGAAGUGCGAAGCAGAAUUGCUCAUGAUUGCUGUCAGCAUUGCAGUUGAUUUACUUGAUAAUGAGAUUAUGCCCUUCCAUAGCCUCCUCCACAGCCAUCUUGUGUGUAACUCAUAUUGUUCUUCACCGAGUAUUUCAUAAUAGCGAUAGAUUUCAUGCAAACAAUCCGAUAAAAUGCUAGCUUUUCCAAGCCUUGCGACUAUUUCCUAGCACUCUCCUCCGCAGAGGCGUUGUGUUUUGUUUUGGGAGGUUUUAUUGCAAAAUUUGUUUCUUAAAAAUAUCAAGUUAUAUUAAGAGCCCCCCACCCCACCCCAAUCACCACAAAAACCAUUCUGUCAGAAAGCCUAAAUCCGUAGAGAAUUUUUCUUUUUUUUGGGGGGGGGGGGUACACGUUACAUGCUCGAAGCUGAAACUGAUUAAGUACGUUUCGACUGAGGAAAAAGACGAUAUACUUGAUUUUUGAAAUCUCGUUAAAGCAGUUGUAGAUAUGGUUCCAAGAAAAAUAGAUUUAGUUUAGAUUUUUAACUGUUAAAUCCAUGUAUGCAUCAUCAUAGCAUGAAUAUUUCUUCUCAGACUUAUUCUGUAUCGUAUGAAAAAGCAACGCAAUUUUGAGAAUGCGGAAAUGGUGUCUCAUAGAACCUAAAAUGAUUUAAAUGCAACAUUUCUGAUCAAAAUCACAUUGGGAUUUUCUCUCCACCCCCCCACCCCCCAGCAUCACAGAGAGGAAAUAAGGUGACACUGAAACCUCCUCCUAUUUUUCAAGGUGACUUUUCCAAUUUAUUUAAUUCCGAGUAGAAAUGUCUGGAAAAAUUCAUGUCUUCGAUGUACUUUAUAAUCUUCGGAAUUUUGCUAGAUUUCACCCCCAAAAUGCUUGAAAUCGCAAUUCAGGGACCCUAGAUUUCAAAAUUUUCCCGGGGGUGCAUGCCCCCGGACCCUCCUAGACGGUCUCACGCCUUCGGCAUGAGGUGAGGUUCGCCCCCCCCAAAAAAAAUUAAGGUCUGGCUACACCACUGGUUAUAGCUGUACGAUUAUAGCUACAAAGAGUUGAAGUUAUUGUUUAAAGUAAAAUAUAGGUGAAGUUAAUAAAUUAAAGUUUUACAAAAUCUCUCUUCAGACUCGCGUGUUCGCCAAACCUCGACGGCUCAUAAUUUUCGUUCUGCCUUUUUUUUCUGUUUUGCCCCCCCCCCCCAGUGAAAAUUCCUUAAAAAAGGCACUGGAUAUUCCGAAAUGUGUUAUGUAUACCAGGUAUUGUAGGUUGUGUUUGAAUUACCUGAAAAAGUUUUAAAAACUUAUAACUGUACAUGGCGAGUCGCAUGGUAGUGGAUAGAGUCGCCCUAGUUUACCUUUGAACUUCGGUCUUUGCAAUUAAAAGGUAAAUACAAUAACUAGGAACAUUUAGGAAAAUUAAGUCAAUCCAAAUAGUAUACUUUCAGUUUAUAUAGAAAAUUUUAACCAGGCUGUUUUAGAGUGCAGCAACGAAAGCUCAAUGUUUUCUUUUUUUGCAUAGUUGAUGGCAGUUACAGCAACUGGUCAUUAAACAGUACGUGUAAUGUAACUUGUGGUGAAGGUUUUGGUACAUGGACACGAGAAUGUAACAAUCCUGAGCCAAAGUAUGGUGGAAAAAACUGCAGUCAUUUGGGAGAACCUGUUGUUGAGUACAGAACAUGUUCAACAAAGCCUUGCCCAGGUAAGUCAAUUCCUUAUUAAUAAAAGAUUCUCAUAUUCACCUGAGUACGCAACACCAACACAGAAAAAAUCAUGAUUACUACAUUGCAUUGAUAUCGAAGGAACUAGACUCAAUCCCGAAAUAUCACAUACUCGAACCGACCUGACCGCGUAGCUCAGUUGGCAGAGCAUUGGGCUAGUAUUCCAAAGGUCGUAGGUUUGAUUCCCACCGUGGCCAGGCAUAUUUUUCAAGCUUACCUGGUGUGGAUAUACACUCAGAGUAACAUCACAAACAUCAUAUUCACCUGAGUACACAACACCAACACAAAAAAAUUCUCAGCACAAAGCGUUCUUUAAUUUCCCUCUGUAAUUUUUAUUAUUACCUGUAGUUAACGGUGGUUACAGCAACUGGACUUUCAGUAAACCAUGCAGUGUUUCAUGUGGUGAUGGAGUGGAAAUAUGGCGACGUUUUUGUAAUAAUCCUGAACCAAAAUACGGCGGUCAUAAUUGCAGUGGUUUUGGGAACUCGACUGAGUUUAGAAACUGUAACAGAACACCAUGUCCAAGUAAGGUUAUAAAACAUCAAAAAUAAAAUUACUAAAUUAACUUUCUGCAAACUUACUGUUCUAUACUGGACAUCUCUAUCAGUUCUAAACUGUCCUUCCUAAAGACCUGUAAGAACCAUCCCUUAUUCUUGCUACAAUACAACGGGAAAUCUUAGUAAUCUUAUAGCAUAAAUAUCAAUGCCCAUAAUACGUAAAAGAGCCACGACAAAAUGAACUAAUGUUUCGUCCGCUGAGCCGAGGUGAAGAUCCCGAGUAUCGGGUUGGAUCAAGAUGAGGUUUUUUGCUUUAAAAAUACAUUGUGUUUCUUCCAGGGCCUAUCAGAGAAAUUCGGCGCCCGAGGCAAAUUUUGAUUUCGGGGCCCCUAUUUUUUCCUCAAAAUGUUGGCGAGCGGAGGGGGGGGGGGUGUUAAAAUCUUUUUUCCAGACAUUAAAAAAAGGGUCAAAAAAUAUUUCCCGACAAACACCACAUAAAUUAAGGUUCAAGAAAAUUUUUCCGAACAAAUUUCUCUUAAAACAUGGGUAAAACUCAUUUUUUUAAACCAAUAUCUGUAAAAUUUAGAGAAAUGAGAAAUUGUUUGUCAUACCAUUAUUUAUAUUAUAAAACGUUCCAAAUUUUUUUUAAAAUUUUGCAAAUUUUGCGGCCCGCUUAAACUGGGGGCCCGGGUCAAAUUGCCCCCUCCCAAAAUGCCACCUUAUUCUGCAUUUCUGUUCCUAGUCGAUGGUUCCUACGGCAACUGGACAACGUCACCAUGCAGUGCCACGUGUGGUCAAGGUGUGGAAAUAAGGAUACGACAGUGCGAUAACCCCCCUGGAAAAUAUGGAGGAAACUGCAGCAAACAAGGGCCGGCUCAAGUGAUUCGGAAAUGUAAAAUGAAACCUUGUCCAGGUAAGAUCUACCUCUAAUGCUUGUUAUAGUAAUGAUGAUCCAAUUUUGCCAAAAGAGGGUGGGUUUCACAAAGCUAAGCAACAGCACAUAAUGUUCAACCAGAAGUCAUCAGACAAAUUUGUCCAUACUAUUAUCACGACCAAAAGAGCAAUCGACAAGUGAAACCAGAAGAGGUGCUUUUCUAUUCGAAUAAACAAGGAUAUUUUUAAAAUUUCAGUCCACUUCGACUCUCAGAUGAUUGGUAUCAUCGUUGUUGCUGCUGUUGUUUUUGUGAUCAUCGUAACAGUGGCAUGUCUUAUUUUUAUUCUUCGAAGACGACGUCGAAAAGCAGGUGAGGUCAAGUUUUAAUUUGUUCUAAUUAAAAGGUAAAUUACAAGUAAUAUCGUGAUUAUGGUGUGCAAGUAAUAUCGAGAUUAUGAUUUUAAGUUAAGACCACUUCAUCCCGAAAGUUUUCUGUAAAUAUUUCAACAGCACUGUUGAAUAAUAAUAAUGCGAUUGGUUAUUUAUCACAAAAAUUCAUUGUUAAUAAGUUGGGCACUGUUGAAAUAUUAAUCAGCAAAAUCAGCAUAAAAUCGUAGCCAAUUGUGGACGCUUUAAAGUUUAUCGAAUUUCCAGAUCAUAUGUCGAUUGACUGAACUGACUGUUUUAAAUUUUUAUAUUUCCAGUAAUAAUUUUGUGAGAUUGCGAACAGAAACAAUGAAAUUAAUGUAUGCUGGAAUUACUGUUCUACAUGUUGGAAUUUGAAUUCUGUAGGCUCUCUUUAUUACGCCCGUGUGGAGUUUUUCCGGCAACGUACUUCAGAAGAAGAUGCGAGGUCAUCAGAAGAAGAUGCGAGGUCAUCAGAAGAGUGUGGCACUAGUGCUGAAUAUGAAAACUUGACAAGUGAAGGGGAGCCAGCUCCAGGCCGCUCGCGUGGUGUUGUGCGCUACCCAAGAGAUUACAUGAACACAAGACCCGCGCGAAAUUCAUGGUAUGACAGACUUCAGUUAAUUCGACCAUUAGCUAUGGAGUGGCUUCGAAACGCUUGGGGAAAUGUUGACGAGUUUGGCCGUCAUAUUUAUGACGUCAUGCAACGGGUCAGACAUGUUUUUGUCCCAUACAACAAGUUGAGCAAUUUACUACGACGUGACUCGGCCGGAAGUGGAGUGGAGAGGAAUAAUACUUAUAGUACAUUGGAAAGAUCCGCAGCAGUUAUAUUGCCCACUGAAAGUGAGAAUGCGUCGACGACAGAAAAUGUUUGA